AUGAGGAUUAUUGACCCCCAAACCGCCGUUUUGACCAACGUCGAGGUCCUGGCGUACUUGACCUCGAAUCCACCCCGCCGACCACCAAACCCGCCGCCAAAUUCGCGGAAUUGGGUGCCAAGUCCAGAUCUCAGAGAUCAUAAUACAGUAGUCAAGGAGAUUCACAACUAUGCAAGCCGUCUUUCACCCCACCUCCUCCGAUACCCCCGCUACACAGCCCGCCCCUCCUCCUCCCAGUCGACAUCACAAGCCGCAAUGACUGGCACGCUACGAACCUCAAAUCCAAGAGACACAGAGCCAGAUGCUGCUUCACUGCCUCCCCCAGUUCUCUCCACAGAACCAACACCCAUGGACAACGCCCUCCAGCAGCUAGUCUUUCGCCUCAAGCCGUUCGGACUGACCAAAGCUGAGGUCGUCAUGAUCCUGAAUCUCGGCGUGGGGCUGAGCGGUAGCCCUAAUGCCGAGGAAGCUGGUGAAGAGGGUGUCAAUGGAGGAGAGGCAAUGGAAGUGGAUGGGGAAGAGGAGGGUGCCGGCGAAGAAGGGGAAGAGGCUGAUUAUACUGCGGUGGUGUUGAUGGAUGGUGUUGUUGAAGAGCGAGAGCUGAGAUUGACUGACGAGGAUGUGAAGAGUAUUCUGACAAUCAUUAAAGAAACCCUCACCGCAGACUAUGAAAAUGUGAAAGGGUGA